CUUUUGCGCGUCAGCGCAGCUCUGCUCUUUGCAAAAGUGGAUUUGGAGCGAAAGUCUCAGUUGGACGCGGACGAACUUGGCGGAGACACCGAGGAGAGAAUGAUCCUGAAGGGGGACCAGCUGCCGCUCCAGUGAAACCAUGGAGUCCAGUACCAGUGGCAGAGGAGGAGGAAGGUGGAGGCUCCGUCACGUUGUCCCAGUCGUGCUGCUGUGGAUGACUCUGCACAAACACGCUCCCGUUCUGGGCUGCAGCUCUACGAACUGUAACCUGGUGCUGACGGAGGCCCAGGGAGGGAUCACGUCGCCCUGCUACCCCCAGAAAUACCCCAAUUCGCAGAGCUGUAAGUGGAUCAUGCAGGCCCCCGCCGGUUUCAUCAUCCAGCUCUCCUUCCUGGACUUUGACCUGGAGGAGGCGCCGGGCUGCAUCUAUGACUGGGUCGUAGUGAACACGGGCAGCGCUGAUGUUAAGUUCUGCGGCCUGACGGCCAACGGGCUGACGCUGAACUCGACGGGGAACGUGAUGGAGCUGUCGUUUGCCUCCGACUUCAGCGUGCAGAAGAGAGGGUUCAGUGUUAGCUUUCAACACGUCGCCGUGGCUCUGAGGAACCAGAAGGUCAGCAUUUCCGGUGGGAACGGGCAGGUCAUGGAGGUCUCCAACUCUGUGUCCAUACCGGAGCUCAGUCAGCUGACCCUGUGCUUCGAGGUGCAGCGCAACAGCCAGAAACAGAAAGAGUGGCUCUUUACCUACUACGACAGCAGCAGCAACGUGUUGCUGGGUUUGGGCUCCAACGUCGGCAGCAUGACGAUGAUUGUUAAUGGAGUGGAGUGCUCGAUCGAAUCCAUCAUGUCCUCUGCUGAGUUCACCUCUUCCAUGAAGUCCUUCUGCGUGCUCUGGACAUCAUCCAACGGCCGGGUGGCCGUUUACUUCAACAGAAACUACUGGGCCAAGACCUGCUCCACCUUCACUGGGCUCACUGUGCCGGCAGGGGGCAGGUUCAGGUUAGGAGGCCAGCAGGGCUUCGACGGGAACAUCUAUAACCUCCGUCUGUGGGAUUACGCCAUGACAGUGCCGCAGCUCCAGGCGUUAACAUGUGACACGGUGGGGAACGUCAUCGACUGGGACAACAGCCACUGGACCAUCCCGUCCUCUCUGGCCCAGACCGACGCCUCCCUCAGCUGCAGUGUCUCCCCUCCCAGCAGCACACCACUCACCACCAGCUGUGACUCCCCUGGACUGGGCUGCCCAGCCGCUUCCUCUCCUGCCACCUCAUCCACUGACUCCACUAACACCAUCCAUCCUACUAAUGCCAACACCAACGUCCUCCCUCCCAUCACUCCGUCUCCAUCCACCAUCCCUACCACUAGCAUGCCUCUAACCCCAACCAUCAGCACCACCACUACAAGCACAGCCAGCUCCUCCUCCUCUGCUCAACAAACAACCAGCAGCACGGCAACUGUUUCAUCUGCUACCACUAACAGCCCAGCUACUAACCCCACAACACAUGUUCCAGGAACGACUCCUCUGCUGCUGUCAGUAACUACUAACCAACCAACCACUAACAUAGCUGUUACUACUGCUUCCUCCGGGGAGGAGUUGUUCUACCGGAUUUCUUUUGUGGUGGAUGACGGGGCCUCGGCGCUGACCCACAGUGAUGUCGAGCGAGCUGUGGCUCUCUGGAUUAAUCAGACGUUUCAGAACUGGACCCACUCAGUCUCCAUAGCCAACAUCAGUGUCCAGACCGGAGGAAGCCCGACAAGUUACACAUGUCAGGCCCUGCUGGUUUAUCGUUACAUCACCAAUGAGAGUCUGGGGGAUGUUGCUGUGUCUCACUGGCUGUCCAGCAGAGAUGGACAAAUGAGUGACGGACUGCAGAUCCGGCCGUCCUCUGUGGACGUCAGAUUGAUUGAAAACUGUCCGGAGGAGAAUCCUGUUCACUACCGCUGGCCUGAGAGCAGACCCACCGUCACCCAGACCCUGCCCUGCUUCCCCAACAAGAACCAGUGGACAUCCAGGACCUGUAUGAUCAGUUUUCAGAACUACUCAUCCUACUGGUCAGACGCAGACCUCAGCAACUGCACGAGCAUCGACACCAUCGAGGUGUCCGAAGAAAACGCAGCCGAUGUGGCGAAGCAGCUCAGCGACAUCACAGAGAACGAGCUGUCCAGUCACGAGGUGUCCCAAGUGGUGACAAAGGUGAAGGAGCUGGUGAACGUGGCCAAGAUCAACACCACGUUAGCCUCCGCCGUCGUCACCAUCAUCUCCAACGUCAUGACCAGCUCUGAGACGGCGCUGGCUGCCACGUCUGAGAAAGCUCUGAAGGCAGUGGACGAGCUGGUUCAGAAGAUCGAGUUCGAGGGCCCGUCUGUCAGCAUCACCUCCAAACACCUGGCUUUGGGGAUAUCGGCCCUGAACACCACCGUGUUCAACGGGACGUCCUUCAGCGCCUUCAGACCUGCGAACACCAGUAACCCACAGAUUGAUUUUAAAUCGGAGACAGUUAACCCUUUAGCUCAGGUCACCCUCCCUGCCUCUCUGCUGUCCAACGUGUCUCUGAGUGAGUCCGACAGAUCGUCUCUGUCCAGGAUCAACUUCAUGUUCUUCAGCAAAACCAACCUCUUCCAGAAAGAGCAGGACGGUCGCUCUUUAAACAGCUAUGUGGUGGCCAGCAGCGUGGGCAACUUCUCCAUCAGUGGCCUGAAGAAUCCGGUGGAGAUUGAGAUUGUUCACCUCUCUGAACAGCCCUCCAUAAAUCCCGUCUGCGUGUUCUGGGACUUCAGCAUGAACAAUGGUAGAGGAGGAUGGAACAGAGACGGCUGCUUCGUGUCCGAGGAAUCCACCAGCAACAGAACCAUCUGUUUCUGUGACCACCUGACACACUUUGGCAUCCUCAUGGACAUAUCUGGAGUUUCAGCUCACAUAGAUUCAAGGAACAACAAGAUUCUGACCUUCAUCACCUACAUCGGCUGCGGCAUCUCGGCCAUCUUCUCCGCAGCCACGCUGCUCACCUACAUCGCCUUCGAAAAACUUCGACGUGACUACCCGUCCAAGAUCCUGAUGAACCUCAGCACAUCCUUACUGCUGCUGAACAUGGUCUUUCUGUUGGACGGCUGGUUGGCCAGUCUGGAAACCGAUUGGUUGUGCUUGUCCGUGGCCGUCUUCCUGCACUACUUCCUGCUGACCUCCUUCACCUGGAUGGGGUUGGAGUCCAUCCACAUGUACAUCGCUCUGGUCAAAGUCUUUAACACCUAUAUUCGCCGAUACAUCCUCAAGUUCUGCAUCGUGGGAUGGGGUCUCCCUGCCAUGCUGGUGGGGAUUGUUCUGGCGGUGGAUAAAAAGUCUUAUGGACUGCAGAAGUACGGGACAGGAGAGUCGGGGGAGGGAUCCUCAGAGUUCUGUUGGAUCCAGAACUCGGUCGUCUUCUACACCACCUGCGUUGGUUACUUCUGUGUGGUGUUUCUGCUCAACGUGGCCAUGUUCAUCGUGGUGAUGCUGCAGAUCUGCGGCCGCAACGGCAAACGCAGCAACCGCACGCUCCGAGAGGAGGUUCUACGAAACCUGCGGAGCGUCAUCAGCCUCACCUUCCUGCUGGGUAUGACGUGGGGCUUCGCUCUGUUCGCCUGGGGACCCGUCAGCCUCGCCUUCAUGUACCUCUUCACCAUCUUCAACUCACUGCAAGGUCUGUUCAUUUUCAUCUUCCACUGCGCCCUGAAAGAAAAUGUCCAGAAGCAGUGGAGGAGAUACCUCUGCUGCGGCCGCUUCAAGCUGUCAGAUAACUCAGACUGGAGUAAGACAGCCACCAACAACACGAAGAAGGUGAGCUCAGACAACCUGGGCAAGUCUCUGUCCUCCAGCUCCUUCGGCUCCAGCACCGCCAACUGGACCUCCAAAGCUAAAGCUACGCUCAACCCCUUCACCAAACGGCACAGUAACACAGAUAAAUGUUACUCCAACCAGACCAGCCCAAAGUGCGUCUCCUCGUCCUUGUCCUCCUCAGAGGUGGAGCCCAACUCCUCUUCCUCCUCAUCCUCCAUCCUCCCUGUCAGCCAGAUGAUUGAUAAGGUGAAAGGUUACUGCUCCACACGCUCUGACAACUUCUACAAGAACAUCAUCAUGUCUGACAGCUUCGCCAGCAGCACCAGGUUCUAGAGCUGUCCUCAGUGUUCUGGGCCAGACCUUGUGGAACCUCCCCCGUGUUCUGGAACUGCUCCAAUUGUCUUAGAAAAUUCUGUGGCGUCACCCUGCCGACAACUUCAGUGACAGAGGAGGUUUAAAUCAAAGGUUUCCACAAAACGGGCAAAGAUGGAAUCUGCCUUUCUGUUGUUCAACUUCCUGUAAUACUAAAUAAGGCUUCGCUUUUAUUCUGAAACCGCCCCCCCCCCCCCCCCCCCCACCCCCCCCACCCCCACCCACCUGUCCUUACCCCUGAUUCCCUUCUAAGUUGAACUUGUGAUUGUGUUUCAUCGUGUUCGUUCUCGGCAGACACGGCUCCAGGUUUGAUUCAGGUUUCAUUUGGUCUGAUUAACAUUACAGAGAUUGGUUCCUACAUGUAGUCUUCAGAGUUCGUGAGGUGCUGGUUGCGUCGGGCUACACCAGUACAGCAUACGUAAUAUGUAGAACAAAUGCAUGAACAGUAGCUACGUUACUCAGCCUAGAGCCGCCAUCUUAAUGCACUGUCUUAGCUUUGUAUGAAAGUGUCUGCUGGUUGAGAAAAAUCUCCCUUUUCAUGAAAAGAUUUCAAAGAGCAGCUCGAGAACUCGCUGCAGCAAACUGCUAAAAUCCCAGAGACCCAGCCGAGCUCAUCACAGGCAGAGUCGCUCAUCACGCUUUGAAAUCCUGAGGUGUUUAAGGGCUGCAGGGUGGUCAGAGAACCUUGAUGCGAUUCUACUGUAUCAUAUGAAAUUACAGAAUGGGUUGACCCGGCUGCCAGACUGUGUAACCAAGAGGAAAUGAAAAGGAGCAGAGGAGGAGGCAGGAAAGGAUAAACACGUGGUGGGAAGGUGGAAGAAAGCAGGCUGUUAUGUUUUGGUGUUCUUUAAUACUGUGAUGUUUGUUAAAACUGGUCGUGUGUGUGUGUGUGUGCGUGUGUGUGCGUUUGUGUGUGUGUGUGCGUGUGUGUGUGUGUGUGUGGAGCCAUAUCCUAUGUAAAUAUUGAUGAUCUAUCUGUUCUGUGUGCCUUAUUCUUUACUGUUGUAACGCGUCCUGACUGUUGCUUUUGUUCACGCCUUCACGGGGUCCUGGAAGGGUCACAGCGACUGUACAUACAAACCCAAACAUUCUGCAGCUCCACGGGCGGCGUGGGCUCACGCCCUGCCCCUCUCGCCUCACCUCGCCGAGACACGAGUCAGGCCACAGAACAGGCAGCAAUCACAGGGUGGAUGACACAGUUUGUCAGGCCCAGGUGCUUUUCAGUGUAACGCCCAGACAACAUUCUUAAUGUCAUGAGAUUAUUUGAGCAUAUUUACGUCCUCUUCUAAUGUAACAAUGGGACGACCAAGCACAGUGAGAUACACUGUAUUGGAAACAUUUCAGCUUUGAAACGUCGUUCUGGACCAACCAGUUCUUUUACCUCCUUCACUUUGCAUGUUUUCCUGUCAAAGAUUGACGUUGUUCCACUCGGCCAAUCGGACGAUCACGCCGUGAUUCACCGAUGAGUCGAUAGUUGGUGGUUUACGAAUAAAUGCUAACAUGCCAGUGGCUGCUGAAGCUCAGCUCCCCGUGCGCGUCAGCCAAAGGUUAGCAUCAUUUAUGGCGACAGCUUCACUGUUGAAGGAGGAAACAUGUUUAUGUUCUUUGUUUUUAUGGUAUUGAACAGGCGUCCGAGCACGAAGAAAACACUGUGCAGCUGCCAGGAUGAUGCUGUUAUCACCUAAAGGGUCAGUUCACGCAUAUUACACAAUAACAUUUUCCCGGUGGUGUCUGGUUAUACGCACAGUUCUGGUUUUAUUCAGCUGAGCUCGGAGGAGUCCUCCACCCAAACACAACGGAGGUGAAUAGAAUUUCACUUGUGCUCCUUAAAUAAUCAAACAAUGACCUUUGAAGAAAUGAAAAGCAGCAUGUCUUUCCAGGCGACGUCGUCCUGAUUACUGUGGACGUUCUGCAGACCUCACAGUGGACGUUUCAUAAACGGGGCGGUUCCCAGUGGAAUCUGGUGAGCGAGGUCUGUGGAUCAUCCUGUGUAAUGACACCCUGCUGCUGAGUUCGUCAAAUAUCAUCGUUUUAUUAUUUUAGCACGAGAGAAAUUUAGUUUAUGUCCUCUGCACGUUGUGCAUUUAAAGCAGUGGAGAUUUAAAACCACAGGUAAUAAGGAAAAUAUUUUUUACUGUAGUGAUUUGGGUGAACUGACCCUUUAUUGAAACUGCAUGUAUGGGUGGGUCCAGAGUGAAGAGCCCAGAUUAAAUAUGAAGAGCUAUUUCAUUUCAUUACUUAUCAGAAAUCCUCCAGUUUUGUCUGUGAAAUAUGACAGAAGACUCGCUCAGGGUCAGACUGUCAGUAUCAGACGUGUCCCCGUGCAGUCCUGUCCUCACACGCGGGACGCUGUCCAGUGUUAAAGUCUCGGUCAUUAGCUGUGACUCUCGGCUCGUGCAGGACACACUUCCUGCCUGUUCCUGUUCAGGCUGCAGCAGAACAGUCUGUUUGAUGCAGAACUGCGGUCAUUUCAGGUUAUGCUCAGAUUUUAUGGCAUUAAAAACUAAAAAUCACUGCCUCAUUAAAAACUUCUAGCUUCAGUUUGAUAUAACGUAUUUUGUUCCAGCUGUACUGAGAACAGCUGUGGGAAUCGUUUUAUUUUAUGGGACUGUUCUGUACUAAUAAUUUCUUUAAAGUUUCCUGGAAAGAAGUUUUUAAUUUGGUUGUGAUUCUAGUGAAAACUAGAGCAGCUGUUGAAUCCCAGAGAAACAUCCAGCAUGAAGGAAAAGCUCAGUGUAAACCCAGGUCAUUCAUUCAUUCAUUCAUUCAUUUCUCUGAACUUCAUACGUUCAGCUGACUGACAGACUCCUCCUGUUAUACUCAUUUAGCUUGUCAUUCAGAUGGAUUAAUGAGCAGUGUACCAACCAACAGUUUUACACAUAAUUAGUUCACAAUUAAGUUCAGAUCAGAACAUUUGGUUCUUACAGAGAGAACCAAAAAAAAAAAAAAAAAAGUCAGGAUGUUUUUGUCGCCUGUUUUUAGGAUCAACAUCCACAGAUGGAUCCACAUAUCACAUAUCAUCUGAACAUCAGUUGAAAAAAAAGCUGGAAGAUAAAAGAUACAUUUCAGUUUCAGGAGGUUUUGAUAAAUGAUAAAAACAAACAGAUCUCGGUUCUGGACCUUUUGGAUCCUGCAGCACUUUAAGUCCCAUCUCCAGGAUUAUUGAUGGACCGUGUGUGGCUCAACACUUGGCUCGUUAAUCAGAUUCACCCUUCAGCUUUUCCUCCCCGUGGCCAUAAAACAGAACUGAUUGAUAAUCUGUGUCGAUCUGGGGAAUGAAAUGGUGACCUGUCACCACCAUAAAAACGUUAAAUGCAAAGUGGAUGAAUUCAGCCUGAUGCUGUUUGGAGGGGAAAAGUUUUCCUGUUGCUCAUUUUGUUUUGCUCCUUCUGAACUUUGCUUCCUUUGUUUGUCGUGAACCCGACUUGUUUACUGUGUGCGAUGCUUUUAUUUAUUCUCUGAAUGUUCAGUGUCUCUGCACCUGGAGCUGAUCUCAGCCUCUGCUGAACUGACUUUAAUCUGUGUUUAAGCAGACAGUCAUCUGUAGUCAGGGUAAAAGUUGGUGGAUGAACACAGAGGCCUGUCUGAAAGCUUUAAAACAUUCAGGCGGGAGCUUUAGACUCUGGAUCUUUGGACUUCGACUCGUCAGCUGUUGGCUCAGCCGACCUCCACUGUCCACACGGAGCCAGUAGUCUUCAACACCAAAGCAUAAUUGUGUAGUGAGGCACACAUUGUACCGGCCGUCAGGCUCCCUGGCCCACGUUUCUCUUUUCUUUUACCCAGAGCAGUGGAAGAACGUAUUAUUCAGCCCUCAGAAACAAACCCCCAGAGACAGUGGAAGAAGAGCUGAAGCCCCUUUGGCAGCUCCAGUGGCAUAGCUCCGUUAUUCCUUCAGUCAGUGACCUGGGUUCAGCCUGAGGGUGGAAAAGAUAGUUCCUGUUUUGUGUCCUGGCCUGAAAACGUAGCCAACGGCUGCAAUAAACACACAACUGAUCAGGAGAUUAAAUCCACGAAAUGAAAAGGGCCAUUGUCACAUGGGUGAUUUUGUGUCCGGCGUCAAACAUGAGCCAUUUUCUCUUCGUAGCCUCUGGCUAAAUGUUCCUGGACAAUUUAAUGUGGAGGCCACAGUGAAAAGGCACUUUCACUGAGACGAUCACCACACAGAGGGAGACCUGACAUCAGGGAAUAAACUGAACUCAGUUAUUCCAACUUAAAAAUGCUGCUGUCAGAUCUGACACGUUUAACAUGGAGCAGCACUGAGAACAGACUCGUAGGAUCCGUGGAACAGUUUGAUCUCGUGUUACACAACAGUCCAGUUCUGUGGCACAGCCACUGCUCACUGCCUGCAAACACAUUUCUCCCUAAAUAAAGUUGAUUUGUGUGUUUUUGGGUUUGUGUGACGCUGUGGUCAGACCUCAGCGAAGCCGAGCUACGAGCUGCACGGUUACACAAACUGUCGAAAAACCAAAAUAAUCAUGAAGUGUGUGUUUGUGCGGCGGCUGGCUUCAUCCUGGCUGAAGCGUCCCGGCAGCCUGGUGUUCAAAGCCUGAUCCCUCUGAGUGAACUGUCCUCUAACCCAACAAAUCCCUGUGUCCGUCAUGUGCUUUGUUCUCUCUGACAUGUCGUAUGUACAGGUCCAAUUAAUUUAAAUAUUUCUCUAGUAGCUGAACUGUGUGUAGUUGAUGAAUAUUGUACCAAAUGCAGAUGUUGGUAUUAUUAUUAUUAUUAUUAUUGUGUAAACACUUUUCUGCACCCAGUGAUGUUGUCUUCGCCGUUGUAUGGUUUGUCUUGAUGUUAUUACCUGGCUCACUUCAGCAUCUCAACAUUAAAGGGAAUGAAACAUG